AAUUGCUGUAAAGUAACUUCUGAACCGUCACACUCUCAAAUACGGCAUCGGGCAAGCAUUUACAAAUGCUACGAGUUAAUAGAGGUGAAAUACAAGCCGUGGCAUUUUCGCCAGAUAGCACGAUCAUAAUUCUAUGCAUGAACGAUGAAGUCCAACUCUGGAAUACGCAAACGGGUCAAUUUUUGCGAAGGCUUGAGGUAGGUGGAAGAGGUCGCGUAUUUCUGGCUUUGUCAUCAGAUAAAAAAGCGCUAGCUCUGAGAACUGAAGCCGGGGUCUCCACAGACACCGAAAUCUGGAACCUUGCAACGGGCGAGGUUAAGGAAAUGAAUAGUGUUCCAGAAUCUGCAGAUGACGAUAGCCUGGUGUUCCCCUCGCUUAAGUUUUUGUUAAACGGCGAGCUUUUGAGUAUGAAACAUCUUUACGGCAGCAGGAACUACUUUUGGGAUAUGGCAACCGGGAAGUCAGUGGUUGUACAAGAUGAUACUGAAUUCAAGGCACCAACUCUUUAACGAUCAACAACUGGAUAACCGAAAGAACGAGUGAUGUGAGGCUGCGUAAUGUUCUUCGGCUCCCUACGGAAUAUCAAACCCGGCAUGUAAAGAGCUAUGAUGGACUAAUACCAAUCGGUUUAGAUUCAGGAAGGAUCUUUUGCUUAAAGAUCGGACAUGAUGAAGACGGUGGGUUUAUAAAAGAUGUGGGGACAUGGGGAGGUGAAUCUAAUAUUGAUGAGGAAUCUGAGGAGGAAAAAUCAGAAGAGGAAAGCCUAGCAGAGCCAGAGAAGGAAAGUGAGUGGGUGAGCGAUAGUUCUGAUGAAGAGGAGGAGGAUACGAGAUCUCCUGGGAGAAUGGAAUCGGAAAGGAAGCCCGCGAGUCUGAAAGAGGCAGGGAAGAAAUUUUCGGGAGGGGGACAAGAAGAUCCUAAAGAACAAUGGGAAGAUACGGAGUCCGAUGAAUAGUCGCAGAAGGAGGUGCUUCUGGAAUCUAAGGAUAGCACAAGCGAG